UAUUUUUUCACCACUUUCCUUUAAUAACUUAUUAUUACUUUAAGAAGAAAUUAUGGGUCUCAAGGGCAAGUUGAUUGGUUCAAUAGAGGUAAAAUGUGGAGGAUCUCCGAUUCACGAUAUUCUUCACACCAAUACUCAUUUUCUACCCAACAUAACUCCUAGAGUGUUAAAUCAUUUUGAGAUUCAUGAAGGUGAAACUAUAAAAAUCGGUUCAGUUGUUAGCUGGAAAUUUCAUCAAGAUGGAAAGGAAAUAUUUCUUAAAGAAAUGAUUGAAUCGGUCGACCUUGAAAAGAAAUCGAUCACUUGGAAAGUGAUUGGAGGAAAUAUGUUAGAGUCGUAUAAUUCCUUUACUAUUAUCACAUCGAGUGAAUAUCAAUGGACGACAGUCACACUUAUGUACGAGAAAAAAACUGAAGAUACCCCAGAGCCUCUCACACUCUUGAAUAUUUUUCUUACUGGACUCAAAGAUAUUGAAAGUCACCUUCUCAAGUAAUAGAAAAUCUAUAUGGUUGAAUGGUUAUAUACAUUAUGUAUGUGUGUGUAUGUUCGUAUUUGUGUAAUAAUUACUUGACAAUAAUGGCUAGUUUUAGCUAGCGUAUGAUGAACUAAAUAAUGUCAUAUAUUUGAAUAAUAUACAUAUUAUGUAUACCAACUUCUAAAUAAUAAAAUUAUGAGUAACUCAUAAUUUCAUAGUA